AUGGGGAUGGAGGUGUUCACUGUUGGUGAGGCAAGUACUUCUUGGAGGGAAACCACUGUUGAUUUGUCCUACCCUGUUGUUGAGUGGAUUACCGGGAAAUUUGUAAACGGUGGAUUGUUUUGGCCCAUUGACAGCUACCAUCUUGAGCAUGAUCCAAAUGGCAUUGUCCGCUUCAGCCUAGAAGAUGAGACGUUCAGCGUCAUUCGUCUACCGGAUAUGUUGUCAUUGAACCGUAUGCUCGAUGAAUCCUUCUUGCUGGACGAGAUGCAGGGCGAGAUUUGCCUGACAGGUUUUACCAAGACUACGACGGAAGUGGCGGUCUGGAUGUUAGUUGAAGACCAUACUGUGGACUCUCGUUGGGAGCAUCGUUACUCUCUCUAUAUAUCUGAUCUGGUUCAACCAAUGUCGCUUCUUCCAGGGGGCGCAAUCAUGUUACAAGUUGGUCCCAUUUUCUACCGCUACGAGCUGCAGGCUCCAAACCAGAACCUGACGAACAUGUGUGAGUUGGAAGGGCUAAGAUACAAAGGCCGGAGGAGACGCACUACUAAGCAGAAUAUCUUCUUCUUCAACGUAAUCCCCUACAUGGAAAGUCUUGUUCGAAUUGUUGCUUAG